AUGGGAGUCCGUGAUAGUCCCGAUCCCAGGUCGAGAAUUCUUGCGAGUCUCCAACGGCCAGCUCAAGGUCGGUUGAAUUUGCGACCAAAUGGGCGUGCUGCAGUUGUGAGAUUGCAAUUUCUGACAGGUACGGCAGCUCCCAGUGAGGCCGAACAGGAGGCCGCCCUCACGGAAGGUGUCAAGGAAAUUCCUUCCGAUACCCUCAUGGUACGGUUAAUAGGAGAGCUGGAGGAAGCCCGAAUCAAGAAGGCCUUCCAGUCUCAUGUGCCCGUAGUAAAGGGUGUCCGCAUGAUGUUGGACAGAUCCACCAGAAAGUCUAAGGGCUUCUGCUUCGUGAAUUUCUACAGUGUCAGCGAUGCCAUGACGGCGAAGAACCGGAUGCUGGCUGCUGGGUCCAUGAUUGACUCGCGCAAGGUGGCCAUUAGCUUUGCCAAGCCUCAGACGCAGGAGCAGGCUCUGGAGAGUGACAUGAACGCGAGAGCAGAGCAGGACGUGAUACAGGCCCAGGCUAACCAAGCCUUAAGCGGUGUCAACGCAGAGAUGUGGUCUUCCUACAUGCAGUUCUGCCAGGACGAGAAGGAAAAAGAAAGCAGAGAGAAGCAGGCCCUGCUGGAGGCUUUGGAGGCGAAGAAGUGGAUCUUGGUGCUUUGGCAAGCUGCGAGCGUGGAGCCCGAAGCUGAUCACGGCCUGCUCCAGUAG